AUGCAAUCUGCGGACCAGCCGACUCAAUCAGAAAAUGAAUUGGCCCUGCCUAGAGAACAGACGCAAGAUGAAAUCGAGAUCGAAGAGAGUGGAGAUAUCGAUGCUCUUCAACGGUAUCGGUGGAAGAGACGGGACCUGUUCAAUGGUCGAACGAUUGAGCUUCUGCAGAUAGAACAGGAUCUCCGAGAUAUUGUCCAGCAAGAGCAAUGGCUCGUCCAGAAACCCGAGGCCACUGGCAGCUGGCCACUAUAUAGGAAUGAUGUACAGGCUGAACUUCAGGCCUUGGACAAGAAAUAUUGGUUGCUAGAGCGCCAGUGGUGGCAAGUCCGGAACUCAUUCGUGGAGGGGCCCCUGAUAAGAGGAUUUAGCUUAUGGCGAUCACAUCCUCUAUGGUAUAUGCACCGAGUGCUGUUCGAGGAUUGCAUGAGGAGGGGAGGAUGCUGCAGCCGUCGUUGCGGAUGUUGCGUUGAUCGCAAGCUUAAUGAGACACGACGGCUUGGAGCUGGGCAUUGUACGAUGGCAUGUGGAUGUUGUCACCAAAGUCGGAGUUUUGAGCUUACCAGAGGAGAAAAGAAGAAAAUCGUCAAAGAUUUUCAUAUUGUGAAUGACAACACCUUUUACCGCCAGAGGAUCAAUCGAGUUUCAAUAUGGGGAUUAUCUCUUGACAGUCAUGACAGCCCCUUUGAUCUGAUUGUAAUGCCUCCAGGAUACGAGAGUGAUGUGUCAAAAGAGCAGACGGGAAAAGGCAAGACGGACCAAGCCGAUGAACCAUUUGUGCUUAUUGACGAAGAGGAUGAUGAAGAAGUUGUACCUUAG